CCGCCGCGCCGUUCGACGCCGUGAAGGCGCGGGUCGGGAACGCGGUGCACAGUCUGCCGCUGGGGGGUGCUGCAACGUCAUCUCUGGCGAGGAGGACGGGCGGCGGCGGCGGCGGUGGGGGAGGGCUCUUGGGUUUGGGGUGAGAUCAUUAGCUAUCCGUACGUACAUAGUUACAAGGUAGCUACGAGUAGUUGUUGAAUAGUAUGACGAUGACGAGCGGACGGCACGGGGAUGAUGCGUGCAGUGGGUUGCCUCGCGCUCGAUGGGCGGGCCUGGGCUGCUGGGCUCGGCUCGCUGGGAUGUCACUUAGCCUGCGAGGAGGUUGAAACAGAGUUGGCAGCGAACGAGCCCACACAUAGCGUAGGGCUGGCUGUACCUUACCACACGUACGUCAGAGAUCGACCACCAUCCAUCUUAUCAACCACAACAUCCCAAUAUCAGAAACCAACCCCGAACCAACUAAACCCACUCCAAAUAGGGCGGAAAACAAUGAUAAAAUAAAAUAAAAGUCGAAAAUGAACACACCCAUUUGCAAGAUAGAAACCCAUCACAACUCCAUCCCCUGCUCCCUCCGUGCUGCUGUGCUUGAGUAGAACGUAGAUUCAUCCACAAACCCUCCCUCGCCCUGUGAGAUAGUUAUAGGUAAUUUAUAUGUAUAAUUAAGCCAUGACUCCAACGUCGCGUUACCCUCA